AUGAAGUUUUGCAUCUAUGUUUCAGUUUUCUACUUCUUUUUCAGCUUCCGAUUUGAUCAAAUCAUUUGGUGUAUUAUGUCGAAUUCUAGUGUUAUUGAUGGUGAUUUGUAUUCUUAUAUGAGUGAGAGUGAAGAAGAAGAUGUUGAGAACUCAUUUUUUGAAGGUGGUGAAUCUUCAAGUUCAGUACAUGAUGCACAAUAUUUUGAUGAUAUAAUUGGAGAACAUGUCUAUAAGCCAGAUGUACCUGUUCAACUUAUUCCUUUUAAGGGUUUAAUCUUCAAAUCAUUAAAGUUGGCUAUCAAAAUGUAUUAUGAGUAUGCUGAAAUUGGUGGUUUUGAUGUUAGACUGAGCACACAGUCAAGGUUUGAUAACAAGAUUAUAAAGAAGAAACAUGUUAUAUGUAAUCGUGGUGGUAAACAGAAAAAGAAAUCUUAUGACACAUUAGGUACAAGUGGUGUUAGGAGGAAACGAAAUUCAAAUUCAAGAGCUAUUGGUUGCCAAGCAAAGAUUAUAUUUGAAUCUGUGUAUGGAACUCCAGAUUAUAAAGUUUUUCAGUUUGAUGAACUUCACAACCAUCCACUUGAGAAGAGAAGCGAUUUAAAAAAGGCGAGACAAAUGUCAUAUUCAGAAAAAGAGUUUAUUGUGCGUGCUUCCACAUCAAAAAUAGGUCCAACUAUGGCUCAUAAGUUGAGGGCAAGUCUGAGAGGUGGGUAUGAGUUUGUAAAGCCCAAAGUAGUUGACUAUAAAAAUUUAAGGAGAGAUAUCAACAGGGUUAUUGGUUAUAAAGAUGCCCAAAUGAUAGUAAACACAAUGAAUGACCGUCGAGCUCACUAUCCAAAUUACUCAUUUGAGUUUAAUUGUCAAGAUGAUGUUUUGGACUGUACGUUUUGGGCUGAUGAAAUGGAGAAGGCAUAUUAUGCUGAAUUUGGUGAUGUUAUCUCGUAUCGAAUGGUUUUUGUUCCGUUUACUGCUAUUGACCAUCAUAAAAAAUCGGUUACUGUUGGAUCUGGGUUGCUAAGCAAUGAAAGCAUUGAGUCUUACUCUUGGUUGCUUAAAGCAUUUCUUAAAACUCAUGGGAAAGAACCAACACUUGUUUUAACUGAUCAAGAUGCUGCAAUAAAACAAACUGUUGAGAAUGUGUUUCGUAAUUCGAAGCACCGAUUAUGUAUGUGGCAUAUAAUGAAAAAGUUGAAAAAACAGAUAUCAGAUGAUUUAUUUACAAGCACAGACUUUAGAAAAAGGUUUUCGAAGCUUGUUUGGGACAUUAAUAUGAAACCUGAUGUUUUUGAGACUACAUCGAGGUCAGAGAGUAUGAAUUCAUUCUUUAAUAUAUAUUCAGAAAGUGGGAACUUACUUUUGAAUUUUAUGAUGAAUUACGACACUGCCAUUCAAAAGCAAAGGAAUACUCAACGAGAGCUUGAUAGGGCAUCAAAGAAAUCAUCAUAUAAAAUGCAAACACCUCGAGAAAUAGAACUGCAAGCAUCAAAGGUUGAAAUAAAAGCUGAAGAGAAAGAAAUAAAUUACAGUUGUGAACAUUUUAAGUGUAUGGGUGUUUUAUGCAGACAUGCUUUUACAAUAAUGAUGAGAUGUGGUGUUAAAGAAAUUCCUAAAAGGUACAUUUUGAAGAGAUGGAAAAAGGAUGUGAUAUCAAGAAAUUAUCGUUUUAGUUCUGUUCAAUCCGAUUCAGGUGAUUGUGAGAAUGUAAAGUUAGUCAAUGAUUCAUAUUAUAGUUUUGAAUCAUGUUUGGAUAUUGUAAGAGAUGACAAAAAGAGAUUGGAUUUGUUUGCUGAGAAACAACAAAUGUUGUUGAAGGAAUUUGAGAGUGAUUAUAUUUCUCCUGGAUUGAAAAGCAAGACAGAUGGUGAAGUCGUAUGCAAGCUUUUGGGUGUUACUAUUCCUAUUCCAGAAGAGAUUAAUAUUCAUGUUCCUGAAGUUCAAAGCAAUAAAGGUUCUAGAAUCAAGAAAAGAAUUCCAAGUGCAGGAUGUGGAAAGCGAGUUCCACACAAUUUACGUACUUGUCCAGAAAGAGUUGGAGCUGCUAAAUCAGCAAAAGACAGUUAG